UUAUAUUUUCCUACAUUCCGUGUUGAGAUUUUUGAGGAGUGCAAACCAUUACUUCAAUAUUGUAGUACUGGAGAUUUCUUGUAGUAAUUGACUUCCCUGAAUAUUUUAUGCUUUUUUUAUCUGUGUUUACUUCAGUUAACAUUUAACAACAAGCUUUUGUUUUUCAUAAAGGGACAAGUUUCAGACCAUUCAAUUUUUCUUUUUCUUCUUCCUCCUUUUUUUUUUUUUUUUUUUUUUUUUUUUUUUAACAUUUUGAUAUGCAAAUUGGAGGACAGCAUAUAUCAGUUAACCUUUUGGCCAAUAUUUUUUCUGUCCUUUCCAUUUGUUGUUACUGAGAAUCUUCUUUGUGGAGAAGUCUGACCAUUGACAACCUGUUUUCAAUCCCCUUAAAUACAUAGUACUACAUAUUAAACUCACAACUCUUGCAAACAGUUUAAGCCUUUGUGCCACUGUUGGCAUUCUUAGGAACAAAUCUUGAAGCAUUUUACUCUUUAUUUUUCAACUUUUUUGUUUGUGCUAUGCUAAUGAAAGCAAGAAGGGGAAGGAGAUCUCAGGCCUUUUGGCCAUCCAUUGUGAUGAAGAAAUGGCUGAAUAUUGCACCUCAGGUGUAUGAUUUUAGUGAAGAUGAAGUUGACACCGAAACGGAGAGUGAGGAUGAUGCUUGCUCACUCAAAGAUGAAAGCAUUAUUGAAGAUCAUGGACAUAGAAAACCGGGGAAGCUUAACGAGUGUCAGACUCCAACUACAGGGAAACCUUCAGCUCCGAGACACCGGAGAGGGAAAUCAGAAACUUUGAGAGCUCAGUAUAUUAACACGAAAGAAGUCAGAGUUACCGUAGGUACUUGGAAUGUGGCAGGAAGACUUCCAGAUGAGGAUCUAGACAUCGAUGAAUGGCUUUGUAUGCAAGAACCAGCAGAUAUCUAUAUUCUCGGAUUCCAAGAGGUGGUCCCUCUGAGUGCUGGAAAUGUACUGGGAGCAGAAAACCGAAGACCAGUUCCAAAAUGGGAGGCGAUCAUCCGAAGAACAUUAAACAGGACGGAGGAACCUGAAACUAAGCUCAAGAGUUAUAGUGCUCCACCCUCUCCGGUUUUAAGGACUUCUUCGGCUGAUGACAUAAUUGCUGAUGUGGGUGAUGCUCCUGCGCUGGCUCAAAUGACAGAUGCAUCACUCAACGCAGCUUUGAUUUUUGAAAAUAAUACUAUCAAACUAGGAAACAAUCUCCAUUUAAAGAGGAUAUAUGGCAUUGAUUGUGACAGUAGAUUGGAUUGGCCUGAACGUUCACUGGAUGUAACACCUCAAAUUCUUUCCUCUAAUUUGAAGUUGAGGAGAGUGUUGAGUAGUACCGCGAGAGUUGGUUUUGGUAACAUAGACAAUGCUCUAGCUUUUGACAAUGGUUUGGACGGUAGAGGGUUAAAAAGGGUGCAUCAAAGCUCGGGAAAUUUAGGUUUACUGUGGAUGGAUAAACAAGAAGAACCUGUGGUUCUUGAUGCUCUUUCUGAUGGCUCUGAUCAAUUUUGUGAUGAGGAAAAUGACUUGUUCGAAGAAUUUCCAGAGGUCAAAGAAGAAAGUUCACUUCUAGAUUGUGCAGUGAAGUCGCGUCCAAUGUAUGUUCGUAUUGUCAGCAAGCAGAUGGUUGGUAUAUAUGUAUCAGUUUGGGUACGCAGAGGAUUAAGGAGGCAUAUAAAUAACUUGCAAGUCUCUGCUGUUGGAAUCGGACUUAUGGGAUACAUGGGAAAUAAGGGAUCUGUUUCUGUGAGCAUGUCUCUUUUCCAGUCGCGGCUAUGCUUUGUUUGUUCUCAUUUGUCAUCCGGACAAAAGGAUGGAGCUGAACAAAGGCGUAACUCUGAUGUCAACGAAAUCAUGAAGCGUACUCGUUUCUCAUCCUUAUUUGACACCGAUACAGAUGAACCACAAACAAUUCCAUCUCAUGAUCAGAUAUUCUGGUUUGGAGAUUUAAAUUAUCGAAUCAGUAUGGCAGAUGCUGAGGUACGGAAACUUGUUGCCAAUAAGCAAUGGGAUGAACUUCUCAACAGUGAUCAGUUGAACAAAGAACUCAGACAUGGACAUGUCUUUUCUGGUUGGAAGGAAGGGUUGAUUAACUUUGCACCGACUUACAAGUAUGAAUUCAACAGUGAUAGAUACAACGGAGAAAUUACUAAAGAAGGGGAAAAGAAGAGAUCACCAGCAUGGUGUGAUCGUAUACUAUGGUUGGGAAAAGGAAUAAAACAGCUCUUCUACAAGCGAGCAGAAUUAAGACUAUCAGAUCAUCGGCCUUCUGCUAGAAAUUGGAGAGUAAGACUUAAAGCCUCUGCAAAUAACUUGUUAUCAAACUUGAAAUUAGAUGAUUAUUUCAUUGGAGAAACUUCUGAAUACAACUCGGGACGAGAAGAGCUACAAAAGAUAAGACUGCGAUUCUUGUAUCAAGACCAAAAUGUUAACUUCUGAAGGAUGAACAUCAUAUACUCGAGCAACGAAAAGCUGGCUACGACAGAAUGCGUAUAAUGUUGUUUAAAUCUAAAUAGUCAUUGGAAGAAAAAAAAAAUUACUAAUGAUUUUCCCAUUGUAUUUGGUUUUGAUCGGGGACAUCCUAUACUGUAUUAGUUCAUAGGCUUGUUUCCCAUAGUGUGAAUUUUAGUUCAUCCAAAGGUAUUCAUUUUUCUUCUUAUUUCUUUGUUUGUUUACAUUUCCCAUUGAAAAGAAGGGAAUAGCUGUAUAGCUUAGUAAAUUCAGUUUAGGUAGCCAUUUCAAAGUUCUUACAUAUACAGAAGAAGUUUUAUGGUUGUAACUGAUUAAUUGAACAGAUAAACAUAUUGAAUAAAAUUACUAGUUACAUUCCCUUCAUUAA